UCCAUCUCUUUUUUUUUUCUACAAAAUGAGUGACCAAAUAUCAAAGUGGAAUUUAAGCUUUCCUUCUUCUGAAGAUGAAGAUUCUUAUAGGAAAAUAACUUUGAGUCAUUUAAAGGUCGAAGAUGAUGAAGUCUCUCAGACAAAAUUUUUGGACAAUUCACCACCAACUCUACUAACCUUAGGUAUCCCUGGGAUGGAAAAUCAUGAGCUUAAGAUUGACUCUCAGCAGUCAGAGCAAGACAAGAAGACUAGGUCAAUUCCCUGUCAUGAAAACCUUGAUAGGAAAUCAAGAGGGAGAAAGAGAAAAUGUGGAGAAAAUAUAGAGCAUUUAGUGCCUGAAUUUGAUGCUAAUGAAAGUGGGAGAACAUCAAGAAGGAUUGAAGAUGGUUUGCAGCCUUCAAAAGCAAGUUUUGUAAAAAUGCAUAAAAUGAGUGAGAAGAGACGUAGGCAACGGAUUGCGAAAAGGGUGAAGGUUCUGGAGGAACUAAUUCCCAACUGUAACAAGUCAAGUAGAGCCUCAGUGCUGGAUCAGGCCAUACAAUACAUUCAAGCCCUACAACACCAAGUCCAGGUGAUGUCAAUGGAUGGAUUUCCUGCAUCCAAUAUACUUGCGAGAAAUCAAAUGAUGCAGAGCAACAACAACAACAACAUACCCAGUGUGAUCCCACAAAUAAUGCAGAACACUCUCCGAUUUCAUCCUCACGUGCCCAUAAUGCGAAGGGUAGCAGUUGGGUCCUUUUUCGGACUUGGAACAUCAAUGAUGUCUCCACAUUUUGCAGCAAGUUAUUGGUCCUUAUCGCAUGCUGUCAUUGUUAAUUUGCCGCCUCUCAUGCCUGCAAUGGAACUACUUUUGCAACAAAAUGACUUUUAUUCGUCCCUUCCAUACUAUAGAAGCUUUUUUCCCUGCGAUAUUAGCAGACAAGACAGUGAUAUGGAACAAUCAAGCUCUAUUAAUCUCUUCUAGUGCUGG